AUGCGGAGGACGCCGUGCGCGCAGGUCCCCUCCUCAGCCUCUUCUCUGCUGACUCCGCCGGAGAGAGGGGGUGGGGACGGGGCGCCUAUUCCGCCAGCGCCCGGCCGGCUCCGGCCCCGGCGCGGGGGCACGAAGACCCCCGCGGCGCCCACAGCCACCAGUCAGCGUGGGGAGCGGCGCAACCUCCCGGCUCCUCGGUGGGCAAGGACGCUGCUAGCGCCCGCCUCAGAAAGAAAACAACCGCAGCGGAUCCGGCGGGAGGAGCGAACUGCGGACCGCGGUGCCGGCGGUGAAGCGCGAGGCGGGCGGGGCUGCUGCCGGGCCCUAGAGGCGGGCGGGCGGCGCGGGCGCUUUGAGGGCGGGCGCUGUGAGGGCGGGCGCGAGGAGGGGAAACGCAACAGAUCCAUAUCUUCCCAGCAACUUUCCGUACCUUAUUGCAGCUGGGGCUCAACGCAGACUCCUGAGAGUGCUCCUUCGAUUUUGGAAAAUAAUGGCAACUCUUACAAGACUGAAGCUUUUGGAAAGGCAAGCUGUAAAAGAAUUCUUCAGCAAGAUUCUUGGUUAGAAAAAAGGUUGUAUGCAUUACCUGAAUGACCACUUUCUGUAACGUUCAACCCUCCAUUCCCUGAGAAGGCUGUCAAAAGUUGUAAGGCUUACAUCUACCUAUCUCCACAUUAUGCUACAGAGCAAUAAGAGAGAAUAAGUGUAACUGAGUUGUUGUCCAGGAUUGACUCUGUGAGUAGAGCUAUGGAGAAUGAGAAAAAGGACAACUUCUCAUCUCUCAGCAGAUCCUUGGAUUUACCCUGUGCUUCUCCUAGACCAUAUGGUAUUCCUGGGUUUCAGAUCACACGCAAAGGCAAAGUAUACCAGGACUGGAGAGGUGUGAUUGCGCCAAAUCCUGUGAAGGAGUACAGCCAAGCCAGGCAAAAAAGCAUGAAGGGCAAGGAGUUUACAAAGCCACGGGCAUUGUGCAGAUCUACCCAGCUGCAGCAGAACAGUUGGCAAGCAGAUUUGGAUGCCAAUUCUGUAAUUGUAGAUGUUCAAGCAUUUGUCCACCAAACUGAAAAACAAAUCUUCUGUACUUCAAUUUCUAGUGACAAAUGCCUUGACCUUCAAACUUCGAAGGUGAAGAAACAUGUAACUCACCUGGAAGUCUUUGAAGCUUCUCAUGACAGUAGAAAGCAUCCUAGCAGUAGAGAAAUACUUAAAGCAGUCAUUUGCAUUCAAAGAAAUGUGAGAGGGUGGCUUGAACACAGGGCAUUCAAGAGACUUGAGAUUAAGUCUACAAGUCAUGGACGAUCCCUACUUAAAAUGAUAGCCCGCAUUAGAUGUCGAGCUGGUAUUUUGGAUCUCUCUACACCACUUUGGUAUUUUGAAUUAAAGGAGUAGAUGGACAAGAAAAAAUUUUAUGAAACAAUGUUUUCCGAGAGAGAGUUUGACAAAAAGAUGGACAGAAAAGAUCUGCCUGAAUUUUUGAGAGACUGUGGAUAUCCAAUACCUGCUAGUGGCAUACAGCAUGUCUUCCAGCUGGUCUGUCCAGCUUCCACUGCUGCUGUAUGAAGCAUCAAACAGCAUCAAGCAAUUGAAAUGGCUUUCACGUUAUUUCCUCCUCUUGGUGCAAAAGUGAAGAACCUAAUUACAGUGCUGCUACCAUGGGUGCACCCUCUCAUGGAUGGAAAAGAUGGAUCCAAGAAAUUAGCAUUUUCCCAUCAAAAGUCAAAGAAAGCUGAUUUUCAAGUGUCAGCUGCAUUAGCAGCUUCUGCAAUGAGAGAGGAAAAGAAAAAUCACCUCUCUGAUCAGGAUUUCUGGUGA